AGGGAUUUGCUGUAGCAGAGAGAGAAAAAACAGGGAGAGGGUGAGGAGGCAGAACGGAAGGCUUGCGAGAGAGCGAGGGAGGGGGGCCUAGCACAUGUGUACGCGUUUGUGAGCGAGGGAGCUGCCGCCAUACUGUAUGCCGAGCGGAUUCUACAUGUGAAAACCAUGGGAAGCUCACAUCUCCUCAACAAAGGCAUGCCUCUAGGCAUCAGACCUCCCAUAAUGAAUGGACCCAUGCAUCCGCGGCCUUUGGUGGCUCUGUUGGACGGUCGCGACUGCACAGUUGAGAUGCCAGUCCUCAAGGACGUCGCAACCGUGGCCUUCUGUGACGCCCAGUCCACACAGGAGAUCCAUGAGAAGGUACUUAAUGAAGCCGUGGGAGCGUUGAUGUAUCACACAAUCACUCUGAUGAGAGAAGACCUGGAGAAGUUCAAAGCUCUCCGCAUCAUUGUGCGCAUCGGCAGCGGCUAUGACAACAUUGACAUCAAAUCGGCUGGCGAACUCGGAAUCGCUGUGUGUAACAUGCCAGCCGCUUCGGUGGAGGAGACGGCCGACUCAACGCUUUGUCACAUUCUCACCUUGUACCGCCGCACCACGUGGCUGCAUCAGGCUCUCCGGGAGGGAACACGGGUCCAGAGCGUGGAGCAAAUUCGUGAAGUGGCUUCAGGAGCUGCAAGGAUCCGAGGGGAGACGUUGGGACUCAUCGGACUAGGCCGAGUGGGCCAGGCUGUGGCCCUACGCGCUAAAGUGUUUGGCUUCAACGUCAUUUUCUACGAUCCCUAUUUGGCGGAUGGCGUGGAAAGAUCCCUGGGCCUUCAGAGGGUUACCACGCUACAGGACCUGCUCUUCCAUUCCGACUGCGUGUCGUUGCAUUGUAGCCUGAACGAACACAACCACCACCUCAUCAAUGACUUUACCAUAAAGCAGAUGCGGCAAGGAGCAUUCCUGGUCAACACCGCCAGGGGGGGUCUGGUGGAUGAGAAGGCCUUAGCUCAGGCCCUGAAGGAAGGGAGGAUACGUGGCGCUGGCCUCGACGUUCAUGAAACAGAACCUUUCAGUUUCAGUCAGGGUCCUCUGAAGGACGCCCCCAACCUGAUCUGCACCCCUCACGCUGCCUGGUACAGCGAACAGGCGUCGCUGGAGAUGCGAGAAGAGGCGGCUAGAGAGAUUCGAAGAGCAGUCACAGGUCGUAUUCCGGAUAGUCUGAAGAAUUGUGUCAACAAGGAAUUCCUGAGUCAGAACAACCACUGGACAGGAGUCGAACCGACCAACGUCCACCCAGAACUCAACGGCGCCUACAGGUACCCCCCACCAGGGGUGGUAAGCAUGACCGCCGGUGGCCUCCCUCCGCCUGUGGAGGGCAUAGUGCCCAGCGCAGUGCCUGUCGCACAUCCCCUCCCGCCGGCCGUGGUGCACCCACCCCACACGCCAUCGCCCGGACAGAACGCUGUCAAGCCACCAGAGGGCGACAGAGAACAGCAUCCAAACGAGCAGCUGUAGUUUAAAAAAAAAAAAAAAAAAAAAAAAAGCACAGCAGAGAAAGUCCACUAAGUAACUACUGACUCCAAAAAGUACAUGACAUUGGCACGCGCUCGCUUGUUGACCCUCCAAAGAGAGCCAAGAAGAUUGUCAGGAAAAGGAAACAAAGAGGUCGGAUGCUCACCUAUCCUGAAACUGAGGGAAAAAAUACUUUUGACUGUCGUGUGUCCAAAAUUUCCCACCGUUCUCGAUUUUUUUCCUGUCAUGCCCUGGGUGUAGGCGCAAAAAACAAAUAAUCGGAUAUAAAAUGAAUGUAAGUAUGCAGUUUUUAGAGCAGUAUUUCCCAACCUUUAAAGCAAAGUUGUCACAAAAAGUACACAAUAGCACUGACGGUAUUAGACGUCCAAUUUAGGGCUGCAGCUAUCGAUGACUUUAGUUCGACUCAUCUAUCAACGAGUUAGUUCGAAUAAUCGAGUAAUCGGAUUCAGAACAUUUAAUGUGUUGCAGAAUACAAAUUAGGAGAUGUAAAACAAAGGCUUGCUAAGAUUACACUUUUAAAAGAGCAUUAAAUGCGAAUACAAAAUAAAAUUCCCGAAUGUUUCUUUAAACUAUGCAGGAUUGCCUUUUCAUUUCCAAAAAAAAAAAAAAAACA